AUGUCGUUCAAAAGUCACAUGGGCGCCUCGAAAUGGUCAAAAAGGAGGUGGAAGUACCAGGAAGCAGUCUUCUCUUGCAGGUGCGUCAUCAUUGCUGAGGACCAGGUCUUCCACCAAUGUGUAUGUAUGACUUGUGCCGAGGAAUGGACACAAGACUUUGCAAAUUGCGAACUUAUAACUUUCCCCGUCUUUGAGCGGAUCUUAUACAAAGACUCAGACAUAGGCACAUAUUUACCAAGGAGUUGGAGGUUCAUGACAAACUUGGAGGCAUACUCCAAGCGUGAACUUACAUACGACUCCGAUGUGUUGAGGGCAAUUGAGGGUGUUUUUGGCUUCUAUGCCCAAUUAGAACCAUCAUUAGAACAAUACUGGGGUCAACCACUACGAUGGGUUGGCUGUCAACUUUCCAAUCUGGAAGAGAAAAAUGUUUACCAUUUUGUAAAAUCGAAGCAUAAUGAUGUCAUGGGCGCUAUUCUCUGGGCAAUGCUAUGGGAGCCAGCGUGGAGUGAAAUCCACAUCCUAAAGACUGAGUUUUUCAGAAGGGAUAGUUUUCCGACAUGGUCAUGGUCCGGCUGGAAGAGCUUUACAGCGCCCCUCUUUGUGGAAGCAACAGCAGGAGGACUUUUGGAAUUAAACAACGCGCUUGCACGGUCUCUCACUUCCGGUCAGUCCUACACGAAUCUGGGAUUGACCUAUAUCUUAAGAAUAACGACCAAGGUUUUCGAUGUCCCAUUCAUAGAACGCGCGCCCUACAAGCCCACGACAAGCUGGGCAAGGAGCGACUCGUUUCCUGCCAGACACAAAGGCCAGCACUGGGUCAACAAAGAGGAUCACUCCCUCGAAGGGAGAUGGACUCAAUUUGUUGUUCAAAAGAACAUUGAGACUUCUGAGAGAGGGCUGGUCUGGUCCUUGGAUCUCACACAUGGCGGUGCAGCCACUAGCUCCGACCUUGUCUUCGACAUCGACACCAACGUUAAUCCCAUGACACUCCGAUGUAUAGUCAUCAGUUACGAUUUCAGUGUAGCAGUGGCAUCUCUAAGCGAGUCGGGUUAUUGCGCUUCGAAGGAGAGUUCUUCGAGAAUGGUCGAAUAA